AUGCCUUCCUCUAUUCGCGUAGCAGACACCCUCCUCCUCCUCCUCCUGAUGACUCAGACCACGCAGGCCGGUCCAGUAAGACGUGUUGAGAGAUUCCUCAGGAAGGACUGGAAUACCACUUCCAGUGCAUUCACCACCAGCAGCAGUCUUGCUGUAAUAUCGAGCGUCGCCUCGGAUCCAGCAGACACCACUACCUCCGCCUUCUCUGUGACGGUACAAGAGGAACAGGAUGGAGUCACUCCGACCCCAAUAUUUGUGACCCUCGACGGCACGACUGCCAGCUCCCCAGUCACAUCACAGCCAUCAACCACACCAGAAGGCCGACCCCCUUCAACGACACCAGCUCAGUCGACCCCAGAAUCCCACUCAAUACCGGCAACAGAGUCUGGGCCGGCUUUGCCACCUCUCAUAUCGAGUACUAUCUCCUUGCCGCCACAACUCACAUCCGGUCUACAGAACGGAUCCUCUUUGUAUCCUGGCAACACCACCUCUGCACCCGCACCUCUAUCGCCAUCUGAAGGUGCUUCUUCCGCUUCUACGUCGACAGCGCCGCUGCAGUCGUCCAUAUCUUUCGCUUUUCCUGUCCCGGGUGGAACUCAAGCAGCUACAACAACCGUCGUGGAUCGGUCUGGAGUAUCCUCUACUCUUGCCUCUGUCCUAUCCAGCACCGCCAACGUCGAGGCAUCUUCCCCUUCCGCCUCAUCGACCACUAUCGCCACUGCGCCGACCACGGCAUCCCCAGUCCAGGGCCCUCCCGAGACACCCUCGGUUCCAUUGACACCCCCCUCGACCGUCCCUCUAUCAACGCCCUCACCCACACUCCGGGUCACCGGCACGCCCAACAACCAAGUCCCCACCAUCCAGACUUCCACCCCGGCCGCUUCGGCCACCGUUUCUCCCGAGAUCGCCGCUAGCAAUCUUGCCUCCGCAAAGGCCUUCAACGUCCUCUUCGCCUCCCUUACCGAGCAGUCCGCCUGUGCUGCCGGCCAGAUCGCUUGCGUCAAGGGCAAUGUUGGCAUAUGCGGCUCUAGCGGCGCUUUCGCUAUUCAGAACUGCGGGACAGGGACAUCCUGCUUCGCGCUGCCGAUGAGCACCACCGAGGGCGUUGUUGUUGGGUGUUAUGACCCCAAGGUGGCGAGUGGCAUCCUAGGCACGCCGGUAUCUGCCCCUGCUCCAGGCUCCUCGACGAGCGCGUCCGAGGUCGCAUCAGAAACAACUACGACCAUUACGCCCACAGUCAUCGCAACGUACACAGUCUCCAUCAUUCCGCCUGCCGCAAGUCCACAGACGAGCUCUGCAGUCCAAGCCCCGGGCUUCACCACCACCGUCGUUGUCACUAAGACCAUGAAGCCUGCACCUGCACCCUCAUCCACAACGACGGAAGAAGACGACCCACCUACAACAUCCACAUCCCGCCGACGCACACGCACCACAACGGCCGAGUCGUCGCCAGUAUCUACAACCACAGAGACGACACGACAAGCCACCCAGUCGAAAACAACCCCAGCCAGCCCAACAGGGACCUUUACAGACACCCUGAUUGUCAACCCCAUCCCCGACGAGACCAGCGGGCUUCCAACGGGCCUCGUCGGUGGCCUCGUACCGACGGCGCGUCUGCCGUUCAGCUUCGACGUCCCGCAGGGCACGCCCACCGUGACAGUUUUCGUGACGGUCACGCAAAAGGAGCGCGAGACAGUCACGGUCACCGUGACCAAGGGUUGA